ACGAUAUAAAAAAGUUAAACUAUCAAAAAGCAAAUGAUACUCUUACAAAAAGUCUACGUUCUAUUAUCAACGAUUGUAAAGACGAAAUUAGGAUACAGGAAGCCGCGAGACUUUUAGCAAAUAAGGCAAGUACAACCUGCACUUCUUAUGUAACAGUUGAGUUCAUGCUAGGAGAAAUCAACUGUUUGCUGGUCCUCCGAAUGCCUGCUUGGAGGCAUGAACUUAUUACCACAAUGUCUAAACAUGCGUGGGAUUCCGUUGUCAUGCUAGGAGAAAACAACUGUUUGCUGUUCCUCCGAAUGCCUGUUAGGAGGCAUGCCAAUGCCUACAGCAAAAGUACCUAUGGAAGCGAGAUUGACGAAUUAUGGGUUUCUGUAGAAUAUCAGAGAUCGGCACAAGAGAAAUUAAAUUAUGAACAAGAAUCAUCUAUAUGGGCUAAGGUAGAGAACUACCUUGAGAAUGCUUUGAAGAAAAAUUGGAGAAAGAAAAUACAUAGUUCAGAAUCUUUCUUCAUUAUUCAAAUUUUAAUAAACGUUUCUAAAAAUAAUCUUGGCACGCUUGGAGGUGUGGUCUUUGUAGGCAUGCUUUGUAUGAACAAGAUGCUAAAUUUAGUAAAAAUUGAAGAAAGUCAGAUUGGCAUAAUUGGAGGGAGAGAUCAGAGACGCUCUUUAAAUUAUGAAACUACUUUCGGAAAUAUCACCUUUGAUUGGAUCGAAUCACAUUCCACAUCGGCAAAAUUGACAAAAUCGCAUACCAGUUUAGGAAUCGUUAAAUUUGAUGUUAAAGGAAUACGUUUAUUUGAUGAUAAGGAAAUAUGGCACAUGGAGGUUACCGGACCACCAUCAACAACAAUAAUGAAUCAUGUAAUUGGCGAUACAAAGAAAUCGUUACAUAGUGACAUUUUAAACCUGGUUGCAAUUUUGCUUGAACAUUUAGACGUUCCUGUAAAAGUUGCGACAAAUAUAAAGGUGUUCAGUUUGCAAGCUAUUGGUUAUCGAAUCACACUAUAUUCUCUUAACAUAAUGGAUGAUGGUUCCUUUUUGGCAUCUGAAUUUGCCUCUGCAGAUGAAGUUGUAAAACAACUUUCAAUUAUGCAAGAACCUGAUUAA